UCUUGCAAGCAUGGAGCUGCACGGUGAGCGCGUAUCUGCUCCCGCAGCUUCGUCGUCUUCUGGGGAUCGUUCGCAGAUCACGGUGUCCAGGGAGCUGUUGACCGCGGAGAGCUCGGGUUCGCGAGGUAUCUGGGACCAGUUGCUCAUCAGCUCUAAGCCCCAGCCCAGGAAGACCUCUACUGUUCAAACAGUUCGGAUGCAGAGGAGCCCUUUGUUAGACCAAGUGCAGGCAUUCCUCCCACAGCUGGCCCAGGCCAAUGAAAAGCUUCGGAAGGAAAUGGCGGUUGCUCCAGCGGAUCGCUUCGAUAUUGAAAACACCGAGGGGACAUCCGGGAACAUCGUACAGAUGGAUGUGGCCUUAUUCGAGAUGAAUCGGUCAGAUUCAAAGGAAGAGGACAGCUCCGAAGAGAGCUCCCCUGACAGCUCUGCGGACAGCUCAGAGUCCGAAGAUGAAGACUGCACCCCCUCCGAAGUCACUGUGGACAACAUAAAGCUUCCGAGUGCAGAAGGUGGCAGAGGCAAGAUUGAAGUGCUAGACAGUCCGAUUGUUGGGUGAGUUCUUGCCUUGGUGCCUGCCCAUCUCCUCCUACCGAUGCUAUCUAUUGGGUCUUCUAAAACAGGAUCAGAUUUCCCUGCUGGACAGGGGCCCCCGCUUAGAAAAUGCCCCCGAUCCGUUUCCUGGCUCCUGCCACGAGCCAAGAUCCCUCUCACCACUCAGCAGGGUCUACAGUAACAGGACCAAGCUCCCCGUUCACCAGGGAUCUCGCCAACAAAAGGCCUACCACUCUGCAGGCCAGCCACCAAAACACCUACUUGAAUUAGUUGUAGUGAAACGAUAUGCUCUCAGUGUGGGCUUCACUGUUUCAAGCUUGGACCAUCAAAAAAUAUAAGUAUGCGUCUGUGCCGCAUCUUGGAUUAUUUCUUGAAUCAAGCUAAUUACCUGACUGCUGGCAGGAGUUGCAAUGGUUCUGUAUAACAUUUUGACUGAUUAUCUAAGGGGUAUUUGGUCCAUGCCUUAUUACAAAGGCAGAUUAGUCAAGCUCUUAGGAUUCCUGCAUUGUAUUGGUCCAGUCCAGCUAGGGCUGACAGUGGUGGUCACAUUGAGUCUGCAGUGCUCCGUCCCCCAAUAGUGUCUAUGCUUCUUCCCUGAAGCCUCUGUAGGAGCAUUCAUACCGCCUUGUCCCCUCACCUGUAGCCUUCACCGAAGCCGCCUUGUGCACUUUUGAGGCUGUGCAUUGGGCCACAUGCUCAGAGUCACAUUUUCCAAAGACCACGAGGGGCUCAACAGCAAGGUGGCUAUUGACAGCACAGCAGCUUGACACCUGCUGGUAGCACAGUAACACGUGGCCAAUGACUGCAGGCACACAGAGUCUAUGAUGUAGUGACUGUGCUCUCCGAGUUCCUGAUUGUACCUAGCCAAUCAGAGAUGAGCAUGAGAUGCCACUGUGAACAGAUGGGAAUACCUUGGUGCUGGGAGGGUCAAUAACUUUUCCCAUGGUUAAAUAAGUCUGCUGAAGCAUGCUUUGUAAAGUAUCUGUAUUUGAAUCAGGUAACAAAAUGUUAUUCAUAUAAUGGUAAAUUAUAGACUUAUCAAAUUGCUUACGAAUUGUAUUUUAGAUGUUUGCUUAACAACAAAUAUAGGAGAAUUUCAAGGGCUCGUAGAUUUUUUUAUAUGUCGAGCAUCUAAUCGCUUCUGUACCAGCUGCUUUCAAGCCUGCAACGUUUUCCUCAGCUAGGGGCCAUUGCUUAACCCGUCUUGGUUCCUCAGUCAACCACUUUAAAGGUAGGACUGUUGGUACAUCUGAAGGGUUAUUAAUUGCUCUGUAUUCUUAUACAGCCCAAAUGGCUGGUGUCUGUCGCCUGUAAUAUCUUCUAAUAUUUUCCUCAGAAACAUAAGUUUUGGGGGCUGCAAGAAUGUUAAUCUGGCUAUUCCAUUGCUGCAAUAGGUCACGACCCCAUAAAUUCACUGUAACAUUGGCUAUGUAAGGCCUUAGUUUUCCUAUUGCCCUUCUGGCCCUUUGCAUUCAGCCCAUCUCGUGCUUUGUUUUACACGAGAUAGGGUUUCAAUUCCCAGGAACUGAACAUCUACCUCCUGAAGAGCCCAAUUUGGAUGCCAAGAUUCUGGAGUAAU